CAAGCGUGAUAUCUGACUUUGGUGCUGGCUCCGCCUCCAUAUAAACCCUCCCCUCCUCCUUCACUCAUUUCAUAUAAUUCUGCUCACUUAUCAAGCUCGCAGACACUCAGCAUCAUUCACACACACACAGAUGGGGAAAGAGAUAGUGAGCGCAGAGGAGGAGGAUAUGCAGAGAUGGCUGAGGGAGUCCUCCUCCUCCUCCUCCUCGUCGAUGCAUCAGCAGCCGAAGCUGCCCCUGCUCUCGCUGAACCACGUGUCGUUCGUGUGCAAGUCGGUGGCCGAGUCCGUGAGGUUCUACGAGCGUGUCCUGGGCUUCUUCCUCAUCAGGCGCCCUUCCUCCUUCAACUUCGAAGGCGCCUGGCUGUUCAACUAUGGAACUGGCAUCCAUUUGCUUGAAGUGGAGGAUGUUCCUGCAAAGAAAGGGGCGAUAAAUCCCAAGGACAACCACAUCUCCCUCCAGUGCUCCGACAUGAAGCUCGUGAUGAAGAAGCUGGAAGAGAUGAACAUUGAGUACGUGACCACAGUAGUCGAAGAGGGCGGCAUCAAGGUCGAUCAGCUGUUCUUCCACGACCUGGACGGUCGCAUGAUCGAGAUCUGCAACUGUAACAACUUGCCGGUUCUUCCCCUGUCCUCUUGCCCACUCAAACUCCCCAAAACUAACAAGGACCCGUCCCCGUCCACAUUGUAUGAUAAGUUCGAGAAUUGGUGUUUGGACAUACAAUGCGCCAUGGAAGUUGCGAAUCAGAUGAUGGACACCUUGGUGAAGAACAUGUUCGACAUCUCGAUAUGAGCUGAAUCUAGGAUUUGACGUCGAAGCAAAUUUUGCCGAGCAAUUCAAAGGACCCCUUUCAUGUAUAGAAUUUGCCAAGUCUCUCUCUGUGCAGGUUGCAAAAUGAGUGUAAAGAUUUGAACAAUAAGGAGAUGUUUCACCGUCUGGAAAAAGUACAAGCAAAUUCAAUCUUUGUUUCAAUUAAGUAGCGUCUGUCUUAUAUCCCCUUCUUGGCUUAGCUGUAAAGGCUUUUGCAGCCUAGGGUUGUUGAGUCCAUCGUCGCAGCUUCAAAAUACAAGUAAAAUCCAU